AUGCUCGGAACGCUCAAAAUUCAAUCAGUCAGCCCGGUCAGCCCUCUGUAGAAUGAAAGCAAUUAUCUUGAUUUACUAUUGAUACUUGCGUAUAUUUUGUUACUGUGUUUAAAAAAUUAAUCUAACAAUCUAAACAAAAUAUUAUUGAUAUAUGAACAACUUGACAGUGAUGCGAUUGACAUAAUUGCUGCAGAUUAGAAUCUGUUAAAAUCGGUUGAAUUAAACUUUUGUUUCCAAUCUCAUUUUUACAAUUUUAUGUAUUAUGUUAUUAUCUAUUUCGCAAUAAUAAUACUAUAGUAUUGCGGUUUUACUUGUGCCAGCGUGGCGUCACAAUGUGUGGAAUAUUUUGUUCUAUACAUCAACCUGGGCAGGAUUCUGAAUUCGCCAAGCAGUGGAAUAUUUGCAAAGAUGUAAUAGCCGCUCGAGGUCCAGAUUACUUAAUGGAGAAACAUUUGACAUUGAAUCAGAACUGGCAUGGACAUUUCGCUGCCGCUGUGUUAUGGAUGCAAGGAUCAAACGUUACGACGCAGCCAAGUUUGGAUGACGAUGAUAAUUUGUUACUUUGGAACGGAGAUGUUUUUUCAGGUUGUUUGGCGAAAGACGAUGUUUGCGACACAAAUGUCCUCCUAGCUGAAUUACAAUCGACUACGGAUAUUGUGUCUGUGCUUCGAAAAAUUCAAGGCCCUUAUUGUUUAGUAUAUUAUCAAAAGUCGAGCGAUACGUUAUACUUUGGACGAGAUAUUAUCGGACGGCACAGUUUGCUUUUAAAAGUAGAUAACAAGACCAAUUCGUUGACUUUAGCUUCGGUUGCGAAUAAAAGAAUUGAAGAAAUUGUAGAGUUACCAGCUAUAGGUAUCUUUGCAAUGAAUUUAAAUAUAUCGCGGAUAAAUUUGGCAUGUUAUCCGUGGAAAGAACCCGACUUGAGGUUUACAGAUGUUAUCGAGGUAUUGGAAACAAAUUUAAAAGUAGAUAUCGAUAUUAAAGAGACUAUAUGGGACACCUGUCGGUCGACAUUGACGAAUCUGCAUCUACAUCCCGAUCCAAAAGAUGUGGAAUAUCUCGAAAAUGUACCAUGUAAUAAAGAUUUUAACGAGGUAUUGCGAUAUCUGUUGAAAAAUCGAGAGGUAAAUGAAAGAGUUGAACGUUUAAUGGAUUUGUUGCAUCAAUCUGUGAAAAUUAGAAUAAAGAAGAAACCAAAUUAUUGCAAGGACUGCGUAAAGAUCGCGCUAAGCGGCGAAAGUGUCGCUUGCGCUCAUUCCAAGAUAGGUAUAUUGUUUUCUGGUGGCCUAGAUUCGGCAAUUUUAACAGCGAUUGCUGAUAAGUACGUUCCGGAAGAUGAAAGUAUCGAUCUCAUUAAUGUUGCGUUCGAAAGACCGGCGAGCAGAAACCAAAACACGAGUCACGCCACCAACAGCGAAAUGGGGAAUGUAACGCAGAAAUAUGAUGUGCCAGAUAGAAAAACAGGACGACAAACUUAUUCCGAAUUGUUGCAAAUUUGUCCCAACAGGAAAUGGAAUUUUAUACAAUGUAACGUCGCGCAAGUGGAACUGCAACAGUAUCGUGCGUCGCGAAUUUCUGAUUUACUGCAUCCAUUAUGUACGAUUCUGGAUGAAAGUCUAGGGUGCGCUAUGUGGUUUGCGAGCCGAGCGAAAGGCCUUCUCUACCCACUUAACGAAGCGUACGAGUCGCCGUGUAGGGUAUUGCUUUUAGGUAUUGGCGCCGAUGAAUUAUUCGGUGGAUAUAUGAGGCAUAGAACUAUAUUGAAACAUAAAGGAUGGGAUGCCCUGGUGCGAGAAUUAAAUAUCGAAUUAGCUAGGAUUUCCGAAAGAAAUUUAGGUCGGGACGACCGGAUCGUUUCCGAUCACGGAAAACAGUCCCGUUUGCCAUAUCUGGAUGAAAAUUUGGUACAAUAUGUGCAACGUAUAAAACCAUGGGAGAGAUGUUAUCCAACCGAGAAAAUGCCAUGUGGAUUGGGAGAUAAAUUACUAUUACGUUUGCUAGCCUGCAAGAUCGGUUUUCGAUGUACGGCCAACUUUCCUAAAAGAGCUUUUCAGUUUGGCUCGCGAAUUGCAGAUAGUAAAGAAAAUGCUAACGAUGUAUCGAAGAGGUUGUGAAGCGCGCAAGUUUCGUCAGAAAAGAUAAAGUCCCCGUAAUAACGUUGUAUACCGUAGUCAUUUUUUAAUUAAGCAAAAAGAGCGUCUCUGUCAUUUCUAUUGUGGCAGCUGUACUUUUGCUAAGAGUUUUUAUAUACAUACAUAAAAACAUAAAAUAAUUAUCAUUUUAAAAAAAGUUGAAGAAA